AUGGCCGCCGAGUGGAAGAAGGAAUUGGGCUUCUCGGAUAGAUUGACUGCUAUCCAGUCCCUCACGACGGCAUACCAACGUGCCUCAUCAACAGCCGCAUUUACUGAAGCCCAGUCGCAGGCCAGGAAGCUGGAACAGGAAGCUUACGAUCUGGCUACAUCGAAGGAGAAUUAUAGCCAAUUAUGUCAGGAGGCGAUCGACGCCGCGGAGGCCAAUGGCUCGGUGGCACCGGUGGACGGGGACCGGGAGCAGGGUCCCAAUGAUCCGAGUGAAGACAGCUGGGGUCAAGGGGAGAGCAUCGGGCCAUUUCACUCAUGCCUGCACCAUUACGGAGGGCUCCAUUCCACCAUCUACAAGUCCCGAGGGGACGACGGGACCCUGGUCGCGCUCAAAGUCACCAUCCCCCAUCUCCUGGCAGAACCACACGACGUGAGACGCGAGGUUCGGCUGCUUCAAGCGUCUGCCAGUGCGCAUGUAGUUCCGUUGCUCCAGACGUUGAAGCUGGACGGCGGACGGCUCGUGCUCGUCUUCCCGUUCUUCCAGUAUGACUUUGAGCAAUUGCUCCGUCGGGACAUGGUUACCGCGACCCAGACCAAGACUAUCCUCCGUGACAUGUUCCGCGCUGUGGCCCAUCUCCAUGCGCAAGGCAUCAUACACCGGGACAUCAAACCCUCGAACAUCCUGAUGGAGUCCCCCGAUGGCCCUGCUUACCUGGCGGACUUUGGGAUUGCAUGGAAAGAAGGAACCGAGGGGUCUGAACCAGCAGACCAGAAAAUCACCGAUGUCGGGACGACGUGUUAUCGAGGACCAGAGAUUCUGUUCGGGUACCAAGGGUAUGGGCCUGCUCUUGAUCUCUGGGCCGCGGGAUGCGUGGUCGCGGAAGCCGUGGCCGUGGGGCACCAGCAACUCUUCGACUCGGGUCCUUUGGGGAGCGACCUGUCCCUCAUCCAGUCGAUAUUCAAGACGCUGGGUACACCAGACGCAGAGAGCUGGCCUGAGACGAAACUACUACCCGAUUGGGACAAGGUCCAUUUCUAUAAAUAUCCUGCCAAACAGUGGGAUGAUACUCUCCCCGGGGCGUCCUCCAAGGGCCGCGACCUGGUGAGUUUGCUGGUGUGUUAUGAAAGUGGCCAGCGGUUGUCCGCCGCAGAGGCCUUGAAACACCCUUAUUUCUCAACAAUGUGA